AUGGUUGCUCACGAGGGUCACGAUAUGGCUAUGGAUUCGAUGGAUAUGGGCGGCAUGUCCAUGGGUACUUCCUCACAUGGCGGUAUGGCAAUGGCGUUCAUCACGUCAACGACCACUCCUUUGUUCUCCGAGGCUUGGACCCCGACGACCGCUGGUCAAUACGCAGGGACAUGCAUCUUCCUUAUCAUCCUGUCCAUACUCCUUCGCGCCCUCUUCACCGCAAAGACAUACCUCGAGAUCAAGGCAGUCAAGAGCGCGCUGAAGCGACGCUAUAUCGUCGUUGCCGGCGAGAAAGCGGUUGUCGAUAGCGCUUCAGACGACGCCAACUCGAUGACCGGUGUCCUCACAACAAACGGUGUCCAGGAGGAUGUGCGCAUCAUUUCGGCGCCGGUCUCUCACAUUCAGCCAUGGAGAUUCAGCAUCGACCUGCCCCGGGCACUGUUGAUGACAGUUGUGGCCGGCGUCGGAUAUCUCCUCAUGUUGGCAGUCAUGACUUACAAUGUUGGAUACUUUCUGUCUGUGCUAGCAGGUGCAUUCGUCGGUGAGCUGGCGUUUGGCAGGUUCAAUCAGGUUGCGGCGCACUGA